AUGGCUCCCGACGGUCACAACGGCAGCAUUCGCGUAUUUGUCCACUGGCGAGACCAAACUGUCUUUGCUGGCGAGGACAUCAAGUGCACCAUAACCUUCAAGAAUGUUGCCAGGGAAUCGGAUACCGCAAGAGGAAACCAGCCCAAUCAAGCCGCCCAGCAGAGACGAAACAAUUCGGACCGUCAGCGGCUGCUCUCGAACCUGGCGUCGCCUCUUGGAGCCAACCGCAACGGUAGAGGCAGUUCCAUCACAGCGCCUCCCCCUGCUAGCAACGGCAGAGGGCAUAGAAGAUCUGCAUUAUCUCUGAGCAUACCAUCAGCAAGACCUAAUUCUCGGUCAGCGGCCGUGCAAUGGCCUUCAGGCGCUGGCUCCUUUUCUGAAUCCCGACCAGGACACGCUCAUAAACGGUCCUUAUCUAUUGUCUCAAUUGGCUCGGGAGGCACCAUCGAUGACCACACUCAACGAAAUGAAAUACCGAGUCGGCCUGCUAUGCUGCAUCGCGGCCAUAAUCGCGCCUCCAGCCUGCAAAUAAUGUCUAAAGGAAACCCAGGCGCUGGACCACAGCAUUCACCCCGAAAUAUGACAUCUCCCCUAUAUACUGCCUCAUACCCCCCCGAUAGAUACGGCCAACCGGGCCGCUCCUCCACCGCGCCUUCAACCCCCGGCAUUGGGCGACGACGAUCGCCCAGAACCUCACCGAUGCCCGAUUUUCACUUCCCUGCCGGACCUCCAGCCGAGAAUCCACAAGAAGAGAACGCUCCCACCGAAAGAAACGGUCUGGCCUUGCGACCAAAAGACUCCGACAAACCUCUCACCCCCGCAGCCCGUAUCCUAUCGAGCAACAGCAUGGCCAGCGCGACGCCACGAAGCAGCGGCGAAUUUUAUGCGAUAAGCAACCAUUCUUCCGAAACACUUGCUUCCGAAUACCCUGCUGUGAGGAGCACUGUCCGACCACCAUACCUGCGAGGGAACUCGGGCUUGCCUUCUUCGCAAAGCAAGGUGCCGGAAUCCAUCAUGAUGGGCUAUGCCCAGGUACAUGGCUCUUUCCUGCUCGAUGGAUCCCUAGUCAGCCUCGGCCAGUUCGACGAAGUCAAGAAAAGAGGCGUCGUCGGCGGGAGAGGUGGGGGCGUCGUUGGCCUUGAUCAAAAUAGGAGAGACAGCGGUCUCUUGCGCGGCUUUGGCUGGGGGGCUAUCAGCAACUCUCUCGGUGAUUUCUUGGGAGGAAACGAGCUGAGCACGAUGAAGGAGAUGCGAGGUGCGGCGAACUCCAAGGCGGUCCCGCUGCUGAGCACUCCCCAGUCCAUCUUGUUCGUCGACAUGCAACUUUUGCCCGGCGAGAGCCGCUCUUUCGAAUAUACACUUCGUCUACCUCGAGGUCUGCCACCAACGCACAAGGGAAAGGCCCUAAAAAUAUCAUACAGCUUGGUCAUUGGAACACAAAGAGCUGGAGGAGCCCGGGAGCAGCAGGUUCGUUCCGUCGAGAUUCCUUUCAGGGUGCUUGGCAGCGUCAACAGCUAUGGUGAAAUUCUUGGCCACGACUUAAUGAGCCCGUACAUACUAUUGAAAGAUGAGGCCUUAGUAAAAGCUGUCACGAAGCGCAAGCAUGGUAGCAAAGGCCGCAUACAUGUGGAAAGCAAGGGAAACAUGAGCGAGUUCUUGGCAUACGUCGACGAGCUUGUGACGCAAACAAGGGAUGACAGGCCUAGUACGUUACUCUCACCAACAGACGGCCUUGAUUCACGCCGCCCAUCGAUGUUUGAUGAAGUGAGCUCUACACAAGAGGCCAUUCAUCUUGCCAUCAUGAGGAGCAACCUGGCCAGCGAAGGCCAAAGCCAGAACCGAUUCGAAAUUGCAAGAAAUGGCAAGAGGAUCGGCGCCGUCAUGCUGCCUCGACCGGCAUACAGACUCGGCGAGGUUGUGACUAUGGUCAUAGACUUUACCGAGGCCGAAGUGCCCUGCUACGCCGUCCAUGCUACGCUGGAAACGUCGGAGAAAAUCGACGCGUCCCUGGCUGUGCGCUCCGAUUCAAGCAUCCAAAGAGUCACGCGCAAGGUCUACGAGGGAUCCUCCGAAACGACCAUGUACUCGCGUCGCAUUGUAUUUACGCCUACGAUACCGAUAUCAGCCACCCCCGAAUUCGUCACCAGCGGCGUUAGUUUUGAGUGGAAGAUUCGUGUCGAGUUUGUCGUGCCGGCGAAGAGCGGCGAGGAGAAGGAGAGCGCGCCGCCGACUUCUGCGGUGGGUUCUACACUGUUGGAGCAGAUAUCGAAGGAUGACAAAGGCGGUCUUGUGCUUGUGGCUGUGGAAAACUUGGCCUGUGAGAGCUUUGACGUGUCUGUCCCGCUCAAGGUGUACGGUGCUGUAGGCACGGGGCUGGAGAGGCUGGAGCGCGAUGAGUCGCUGGAGGGGGGACUUGCUGUUUAA